AUGACACCUCAAAAGUCAAUAUCACCAAUCCUUUGCUAUGAGCUUAUGAUUCUUACAUAUUUUCUUCACCUUUACUCUUAAGCAAAUUCACAUUUUCAUUUUCCAACAAACACCUCUCUCACAUAAAUUUUCAAAAUAAAACUCAUCCAAUCUAUUCCUCACUAGUUGAGAUCCAAAACAUACAUUUUUUCUUCUUCUAUCAAAAUAAUCAAAUUGAAACCAUGAGAUCCAAAACACAACUCUCAUCCAAUCUCAAACUAGUCAUCAUCUCUCUUGUAUUUCUCUUUCUCUUCAUCAUGCUAUUCAAAUCAUCCAUUUUCUCAUUUACUCAACCACUCACCACAACUUCAAACACCAACAAUGACUCAAAAAUCUCAUCGCAAGAAACAGAAAAAACCACAAAAUCUGAAUGUCCUUCACUCCCUAUAACACCAACAUGCACAAAAAACCCUCCAUCAUUAGCCAAUGCAUUAAUCCAUUAUGCAACAACAAAAAUCACCCCUCAACAAACAAUUCAAGAGAUCUCAGUCUCAGCCAAAGUUCUUCAAAAAAAAUCACCUUGCAACUUCUUGGUCUUUGGAUUAGGUCAUGAUAGUCUCAUGUGGACAUCAUUAAACUACGGCGGCCGGACCGUUUUCCUUGAAGAAGACAAGACAUGGAUUGAGCAAAUCCAAUCAAAGUUCCCAACGUUGGAAUCAUAUCAUGUUGUGUAUGAUACAAAAGUACAUCAAAGUGAUGAACUAAUGAAAAUUGGAAUGGAACAAGAGGAUUGCAAAAAAGUUUCUGACCCAAGAUUUUCAAAAUGUGGAUUAGCACUUAAAGGAUUUCCAAGUGAAAUUUAUGAUGUGGAAUGGGAUGUGAUCAUGGUGGAUGCACCAACGGGGUACUUCGAUGGCGCGCCGGGGAGGAUGAGUGCUAUUUAUACAGCUGGUUUGAUUGCUAGGAAUAGAGAAAAUGGUGAUACUGAUGUGUUUGUUCAUGAUGUUGAUAGGAAAGUUGAGGAUCAAUUUUCAAAGGCUUUUCUUUGUGAAGGUUAUUUGAGGGAACAAGAAGGAAGGAUUAGGCACUUCAAUAUACCAAGUCAUAGGGCUCGUUUGGGUAGACCUUAUUGUCCAUGAAAUUGAUUUUGGAUCAGAUCUCAUUCAAACAUUAUGCAAUUAUUAGUUUAAAAUCACAUGUCUUUGUUUUUUGGGAUUUUAUUAUGGAAUUGAUUCUUAUCUUUUUCAUGUUAUUAUUAAUGGAGAAUGGAAUAAUACAUCUUAUUAUAAAUUUAAAGACAUCUUUACACUUUUA